GCAAGAGAAAAUUCCAGAAUAGAGAGCAGAGAGGCAAAUCAACAACAGCAACAAAAAAAUCCCGCUCUACUGAAGGUGUCGCGAAGAUGAACGACGUGAUGACGUAGAUACCUAAACAGGAAGUUUAAACUGCAGCACGCUUUAUUCUUCCCCACAUGAGCACGAGAGCCGCUGUCGUCAGCACCUGAGAACAAAUGCCGGUUGUCGACCUGUAGGAGAAGCUAAUUGAUCCAAAGCAACACUAAAAGGACGACCGAGCCGCCACGAUGGCAGCAGGCCGGCUGAGCUUCAAUAACAUCACCGCCUUGGCUCCCAUGGUGCGAGUGGGGACUCUGCCCAUGAGGCUGCUCGCUCUGGACUACGGAGCUGAUGUGGUUUACUGUGAGGAGCUGAUUGACAUCAAAAUGGCCCAGUGUCAGAGAGUGGUAAACGACGUGCUGGAGACGGUGGAUUUCGUGGCUCCGGAUGACCGAGUGAUGUUCAGGACCUGUGAGAGGGAGAAGGGCAACGUCGUCUUCCAGAUGGGAACCGCUGACCCGGACAGAGCGUUGGCUGUGGCCCGACUCGUGGAGAAGGAUGUGGCUGCUGUCGAUGUGAACAUGGGCUGUCCAAAGGAGUAUUCCACCAAGGGCGGGAUGGGAGCUGCUCUCCUGUCGGAUCCUGAUAAGAUCGAAGCGAUCCUGAGGACGCUCGUGACAGGAGUUUCCAUCCCGGUGACGUGUAAAAUCCGAAUCCUGCCCUCACUGGUGGAAACAGUCAGUCUGGUCCGAAGGAUCGAGAGAACGGGCGUCGCUGCGGUCGCCGUUCACGGCAGGUUUAAGGACGAGCGUCCCAGACAUCCUGUCCACUGUGAUUACAUUCAGGCCGUCGCUCAGGCCGUCUCCAUCCCCGUCAUCGCAAACGGAGGCUCUCUGGAUCACGUGAAGACCAACGCCGACAUAGAGGAGUUCAGAAAGGCGACGGGCGCCUCGUCGGUGAUGCUGGCCCGCGCCGCCAUGUGGAACGCGUCACUGUUCCGCAGCCAGGGAGCGCUUCCUUUGGAGAAGGUCAUGGAGGACUACCUCAAAUACGCGAUUCAAUACGACAACAAUGCCUUCAACACAAAGUACUGUCUGUGUCAGAUGCUCAGAGACAAGGUGGAGUCUCCUCUGGGGAAGCAGGUGCAGGCGGCGCAGACCAACGCUGAGAUCAGCGAGGCGUACGGGCUGCAGGAGUUUUACCGGCAGACUCGGGAACAGCUGCAGGCUCGGAGGGACGCCCUGCAGAGCGGCAGCCAGCCGGAGCGACCCGUCACGGACGGAGACGUCACCACCAUGGCCGUCAAGUUCGAACGGAGAGAGUAUCCUCCUCAAAUCACUCCGAAGAUGUUCCUGCUCGAGUGGAGCCGUAAGGAGAAAGUGGAGCAGCCGCAGUACGAGACGGUGCAGCGCGCUCAGGACCGAGCCUUUCAGUCCACAGUGACCGUCGCGCAGAAGAAGUACAGAUCUUCACUGUGGGAAAAGUCAAAGAAGUUUGCAGAGCAAGCGGCCGCCAUCGUCUGCCUGCGAGUUCUGGGAGUACCAGAGGGACGGAUCGGCGAGGAAGACUCCGGCCUGGUCUGCAAAAGGAAGAGGGAGGGGAAGGUGAACGGCGCCGCAGAGGAAGAGAGGAGUAGGAAACGGCACGUAAACGACGACCUGCAACAAACCUCAGAGGUCGCUGUGGUAACGAACGGUGACAGUCACCAAGAGGCUCCGCCUCCGAGCCAGCGGGAGAGCCUGUGAGGAGUUUAACAGCUGGCAGUGACCUGCAUGAUCAGACAUUUAACCCAGAAAGGAACUCUGAGUUUGUGCUCAGUUGUAUCUUUUUAUUAUUCAUCACUUCAUCUGAUUUAAACUCAAAGUAAAUAUUUUUUAAACCCAGCACGGCUGACAUACGUCUCACAGCUCAGGUCUGAUCGUUUAGUCCCGUUAACCACGCCGCUCAUCCGCCUCUGUCCUGUGGAUGUCUGCACGUGUGCGGGGAGCCACGCCUCCUAAUGCACGCGGUUAAAACCCAUCAGAACUCGCUGGGUUUUAUAUGAAACGUCUCGCGCGUGGCGUAGCCAUCACACGGUGUCAGACCUGCAGAACAGACGCUAUCCAGUGUGAGAGCCUCGGGUGUUUGAUAGGGGAAGAUUAAAUUAAACUCAGACCUCCUCCAGCUCGCUUCUGGGGUGGUGGGGAGGGCAAGAUCUCUCCAGGAAGGGUCUCCUCUUGGGUCCAGAACACCUCACCUGCCAGGAGGAGCGCCACUCUGUCUCUGAGGGAGAGCCCCGCCCCCUUCAGAAGAAGCUCAUUUCUCCCGUUAGUAACCCCGAUCUCUCCCGGCCACAGGUGAGGGUAACAACAACAAUCAGCAGCUUCACCGUUAGUUUCAUCACUGCAGCUGCUCGUCUCCAGCCCGGGUCCUUAUAAUUUACAGACAAACGGCUGUUGGAUAAAGGAAAGCUGGCACAAACAUCGAGCUGCUACAUGUGAGGCUUUAAUGGAAAAACCUCACCAGAGGUGCCACACGAACAUUUCACACACGCGUCCUGCAGCAGGUGAGCGACGGUUUUAGGGCUCGCCUAAAAUCUGAGUCAGAUCCUGGAAUAAAUGCAAUCCUGUGGCUGCUCGUUACUGAUUCCUGUCAGCCUGGUAUGAGCUGAGUGGACAACACUGUGCAGCUGGAGCAUCAGAGCGUCUGCCUGUAGAUGUCUCUGUGCUGGACAGGUGAAAGAAGUGGGCGGUGCUCAACUUCUCAGUUCAAAGUUGAAUCUGUAGAGCGUUGCAGAAAGCCGUUUUAACACCCGGUGCCUUACUCUGUCUUUUGUUCAUGAUUUGUGGAAGAGCCUCAAACGCACCGUGUGCUGAUGGAGAAGACGUCUGUGAUUUGUGCGGCUUCUCGCCGCUCAGUAAACACUGACUGUCACACUUUGUGAACUUGUUUUGAUCUCAUGAUCUUCUUUGUUUUAAGGUAUAAAAUCUGCCAAAUGAUGUCAUGUUUUAUGUUCAUGCCAAAGGAACAACCUGUGCUUUUCUUUGUCUGCAAGUUGAAUUAAAGCAUGUGCAGCCUGGUGGCUCUGUCCUCACAGAGCUCAGCUGUUCAUAAUGACAUUUUGGACACUUUUCAUUAACACUGGCUCAGGCUAUGUUUGCCUCCAUUAAAGAGGUCGUCUCUGUUAA